AUGUCGUCGUUAGAUGUGUCUUUAAGACUUAGAGGUAAAGUUGGAAGAAAACGGAUUGGAGUCGACAUUAAUCAAGUCAAAGAAAUUCCACUUUGUCGUCGAACAAAUAUUCGAUCUCUGGCUUUUGCGAUGAACAUGGAAAAAUCAACCGUCUUUCAGCGUGUGAAAGAUGGAACUCUUCGGCCACUUUCUAAUUCCAUCAAGCCUCAGUUAACCAAGGAAACAAAAAGGUACUACCUGCUUCCUGGAGAGCAUGAGCCAGAUCCGUAUAGUUCUUACAAAAGUAAAAAUUUUAUUCCAAAGGUUAUGUUUAUGGCUGCUGUAGCACGUCCUCGAUUUGAUGAAAAUGGAAUUGAGUUGUUUUCUGGAAAAAUAGGUAUUUUUUCGUUUGUAGUUAAGGAUCCAGCUAAGCGGAAUGGCAAAAAUCGAACAGCAGGAACUAUGGAAACAAAGCCCAUUCAGUCAGUAACUAAAGAUAUCACUAGAGCUUGCUUGAUAGAGAAAGUUUUUCCUGCUAUUAGAGCAAAUUGGCCUGCUUCCGAUUCAAAUAAUCCUAUCUUUUUACAACAAGAUAAUGCAAGGCCACAUAUUGGUAACAAUGAUUUUGAAUUUAUUGAAGCUGCCCGACAAGAUGGAUUUGACAUUAGAUUGUGUUUUCAACCAUCGAACAAUCCAUAUUUAAAUGUUUUAGAUCUUGGUUUUUUUAGAGUAAUCCAAAGUCUUCAAUAUCAAAAGGCCCCUAAAAAUGUUGAUGAAUUAGUGAAAGCAGUGGAAAGAUCUUUUGAUGAAAUGAAAGUGAAACAACUCAUGUAUUUCUUACUUUACAAUCUUAUAUGA